AUGACUCUCCGAGCCGGCACGAACGGCCUGGUUUCCAACGGUCACAACCACGGCAGUAAUCACGGCAGCGUCAAUGGCGAGCCUUCAAGAUUCAAGUCACAGGAUCUCUCUCGAAAUCACAGCCCCGAUGGCCACGAUCAUCGCCCCUCCACCGCGCCCGGCCGCAAAAAUGGUUUCUCCUCCAGCGUCGAGAUGGGAGACAACUUGGCCAGGCAGCGCCCACAACGCCCAAACAAGCCCAUGCUCGUGCGCUCCAAGAGUGACUACGCCAGGCCUCAAGAACAAGACGAUUCGGAGCAAGACGAUGAUGACAUUCCCGAAUGGGGUGCUAGACACGGCUUCGAGGACCAUUAUCAAUCCGAACAUAUCAUUACACAGCUCGCCACCAAUUGGUGCAUGUAUUUCACCGACAAGCGCCACGACACGACCGGCAAGCCCAAGGCCCCACAGUCUGAGCUUCACGACUGGCGACAAAGGGAUCGUCUGAAAACCGUUUCUGCGGCUCUCGCCGUCUGCCUUAACAUUGGCGUUGAGCCCCCCGACCAGCUCAAGACCAACCCAGGCGCCAAGCUCGAGGCGUGGACCGAUCCUACUAUACCACCGGCUCAAAAGGCUCUAGAGAAUAUCGGAAAGGCCCUUCAGUCUCAGUACGAAACGCUGGCCAUUAGAGCUCGCUACAAGCAGUAUCUGGACCCCUCCGUUGAAGAGACGAAAAAAUUCUGCGUUUCUCUGCGGCGAAACGCCAAAGAUGAGCGCGUCCUGUUCCAUUACAACGGCCAUGGUGUUCCCAAGCCUACAGCCUCGGGUGAAAUUUGGGUCUUUAACAAGACCUACACACAGUAUAUCCCGGUAUCACUAUAUGAUCUUCAGCAUUGGCUGCAAGCACCGACCAUCUAUGUUUGGGACUGCUCCGAAGCCGGUAAUAUCCUCAACAACUAUCAUCGCUUCGUGGAAAAGCACGAAGAAGAGGAAAAGGAGACAGCCCAGCGCGAUCCUCACUACGAAAAGACGGCUUUCCGCCCCUAUAUACAUCUGGCUGCUUGCGCCGCCAAGGAGAACCUCCCGACUAACCCUUUACUCCCCGCCGACUUGUUUACGGCCUGUCUCACCACUCCCAUUGAAAUGGCUCUCUGGUUUUUUGUCCUUCAAAACCCCCUCAAGACCGCCUUAACACCCGAGCGUGCCAAAAAGCUUCCGGGGCGUCUGCAGGAGCGACGAACCCCCCUGGGCGAGCUUAACUGGAUCUUCACAGCCAUUACGGACAGUAUCGCUUGGACUACGCUCCCUCGCGAUCUUUUUCGAAAGUUCUUUCGCCAAGAUCUCAUGGUUGCCGCCCUUUUUCGCAACUUUUUGCUCGCACAGAGAGUCAUGAUGGUCUAUCGCUGUCACCCUCAGUCAUAUCCGCAGCUUCCUGACACGCAUCAGCACCCUCUCUGGGAGACAUGGGAUCUGGCUGUGGACAUGGCAUUGGCCCAGCUUCCCAUGCUCGAGAAGAAGGAGACCGACGGCACCGAAUACGAGUACCAAAACUCGACCUUCUUCACCGAACAACUGACUGCCUUUGAAGUUUACCUGACGCGUGGGGAUGCAGUAGCUCAAAAGCCACCGGAUCAAUUGCCCGUGGUCUUGCAGGUACUCCUGAGCCAGCAACAUAGAGUUCGUGCUCUCAUUCUCCUUGGCAGAUUCCUUGACUUGGGCCCGUGGUCGGUGCAACUGGCUCUCAGCAUCGGAAUUUUCCCAUAUGUGCUAAAGCUUCUCCAGUCGGCAGCGACUGAGCUGAAGCCUGUCAUGGUGUUUAUCUGGGCUCGACUCAUUGCCGUCGAUAUUAGCUGCCAACAAGACCUUGCCAAGGACAAUGGUUAUGGCUAUUUUGCGCAGAUACUCAAGCCCACCGAGGCACUGCCAGUCGUCGACAGUGAUGAGCACAAGGCCAUGUGCGCCUUUAUCCUGGCUAUGCUGUGCAAGGAUUAUCAGAAUGGCCAGAUGAUCUGCAACCAAACGGACAUCAUGACUUACUGCUUGACGCAUAUUCAGAACCAGGAGAAUCACCUCUUGAGGCAGUGGGCAUGCUUAUGCAUCAGUCAGCUGUGGCAAGAUCUUCCAGAGGCCAAAUGGCGUGGUAUCAGGGAGAACGCCUAUGUGACACUCGCAUGCCUCACUAAAGAUCCUUGCUGUGAAGUGCGCGCAGCCGUCAUUCAUGCCAUGACUACAUUCCUCGGUAUCCCAGAUCUGACCGAAGAGGUAGCAAAAAUCGAAGAAUCGAUCGCCUGGACAAUUUUGGACAUGGGAACGGAUGGCAGCCCCAUGGUGCGCAAGGAAUUCUUAGUCUUUCUAUCGCACUUCAUUGUGCGUUACGAAAGUAAGUUUUUGGUAACCGCGUAUGAACAGCUGUUGGAAGAAAAGGAUUAUCUACUCUUCCCUCCACAGGAUGACGGCCAUGACUACAAAAUGGGACUGCACUAUGCACGCGCCGAGAACCGCAACAAGGAUGGCACGAUCAAGCCUACCGCCCAUGGACUUUCUCACAACAGCGUCUACAUGGCCUGCUGGAAGCACGCUCUGAUAUUGAGCGUCGACCCUCACCCGGAUGUCCAGCGUUCGGCUACUAUCAUCAUUGACUAUAUGCAUAAAGCCCUUAUCAAUUCACCUGUUGGAGAACAGGCUCAGUCUUUGAUGCGCGAAAUUCAAAGGAGAGCGAACCGCGCCACUUUCAAGAGUGCGGCCACGGCUCACCAGCGAAGAAGUCUCAUGAGCGGAAAUGGCGCACCUGUCGCGGCUCCUCUGCCAUCACCAGGUCUGCUUAGACGUACUGCAAGCCUGCUGUUCCAAUCAUUUGUCGGUGCCGAGGACAAGUCUCGGCCAAAUACGCCAUCUGGUUCUGUCACGUCGAUAGCCCCGCCGAGAUCCCCGGGUGCUCCCCUCCCUCCGGAUCAAACGUUUGCACCUCCUGAACAAAAUGAUAGCUUUGGCACUCCUGCCGCUUACCACACCGCCCGUGAGCCUGUUUCCGGCCAAUUUGAGGAACGAGACCUGACAGAGUCGCCGACUCUGCCUUUGAUAAGCAAGUUUUUGGACUGGUCAACCGAAUACUUUCGGGAGCCCCAAAUGAAGAACAGCGAGGCAGACGAACCCGGCAGCACAGACUACAACGAAAGACUCUGGAGAAGACAGCGGAACGAGACAAUCCUACGUGAGACCCAACCGCUCAAGCAGUUUGCAGGCAGCCAUCGAUGGAAUAAUCAGCUUUCCAUGGUGAACAAUGGCGCGCAGCCCGCAAAGAUGACGUUUCAUCAAUACGAAGAUCAUCUGGCUGUGUCCGAUGACGGCAACACUGUCACGGUGUGGGAUUGGAAACGACAGGGCCGAUUGAGCAAAUUCUCCAACGGAAAUCCCGAAGGCUCCAGGAUCAGCGACAUGAAGUUUAUCAAUGAGGACGACCAGGCAAUGCUGUUGACGGGGUCAUCAGACGGCGUCAUUAGAAUUUACCGCAACUACGAUUCCGACGGAGACAUUGAGCUGGCCACGUCUUGGCGCGCACUUACACACAUGGUGCCGAGCAAUGUAAACUCGGGCAUGGUAUUCGACUGGCAGCAAGUGAAGGGUCGAGUCCUCGUCGCAGGCGAUGUGCGUGUCAUUCGGGUAUGGUAUGCCGCAAGCGAGACGUGCGUCAUGGAUAUUCCUGCUCGAUCAGGAUCAUGUGUUACCUCGCUGACUUCGGAUCAAAUGACUGGCGACAUCUUUGUGGCCGGCUUUGGCGACGGAGCGGUUCGCGUCUUUGACACUCGUAUGAGACCCCAAGAAUCGAUGGUGCGCAAGUGGAAGGACGAGUCAGACCGCCAAUGGAUCAAAGCUGUUCAUAUGCAGCGAGGUGGACAGCGCGAGCUGAUGAGCGCCAGCCGAAAUGGCAAAGUCAAGAUUUGGGACAUUCGAAUGGACAAGGCGCUGCGGUCGUUCCAGACGAUGCGAGACACUCUUCGUACCGCCAGCACGCACGAGCACUUGCCUGUUUUUGCAGUUGGCACCUCGACGCAUUCCGUAAAGGUCUUUAACCUCGACGGAGCAGAGCUCUCGCGGCUGGAGCCGUACUCGAGUUUCCUGCAGCAGAGCCGCAGUUCGCCCAUUUCGGCGACGGCGUUCCAUCCGCACCGUCCUAUACUAGGAUGUGCGGCGCGAGGCGACCAUCACAUUAACCUUUUCACCUGUGAAAAGGGUGAGCCAUUGAGUCUGCCUUGA